CGGGGACCCCCGGGGGAUGCCCGGCGGCGGCGCGCGCUGAGCCGGGCCCGGAGCGGGCGUGACGGGCGCCCCCCGGCCGCCCCCCGCCGCGCCGCGCCAUGGGCUGCGUCCAGAGCAUCACCUGCAAGGCGCGCGUCCGGCGCGAGAACAUCGUGGUCCACGACGUGUGCGCCACCAUCGACCAGUGCCCCACGCGCAUCGAGGAGACGUCGCCCAUCGUCCUGCGCUACAAGACCCCCUACUUCAAGGCGUCGGCGCGCGUGGCCAUGCCCCCGAUCCCCCGCCACGAGACCUGGGUGGUGGGCUGGAUCCAGGCGUGCAACCAGAUGGAGUUCUUCAACACCUACAGCGACCUGGGCAUGUCCAGCUGGGAGCUGCCCGACCUCCGGGAGGGGCGUGUCAAAGCCAUCAGCGACUCAGACGGCGUGAGCUACCCGUGGUACGGAAACACCACCGAGACCGUGACCCUGGUGGGCCCCACCAACAAGAUCUCCAGGUUCUCUGUCAGCAUGAAUGACAACUUUUACCCCAGCGUGACGUGGGCGGUACCCGUGAGUGACAGCAACGUGCCCUUGCUGACGCGGAUCAAGAGGGACCAGAGUUUCACCACCUGGCUGGUGGCCAUGAACACCAGCACCAAGGAGAAAAUCAUCCUCCAGACCAUCAAGUGGAGGAUGCGGGUGGACAUCGAGGUGGACCCUCUUCAGCUCCUGGGCCAGCGGGCCCAGCUGGUGGGCAGGACUCAGCAGGAACAGCCCCGCAUCCUGAGCCGGAUGGAGCCCAUCCCGCCCAACGCGCUGGUCAAACCCAAUGCCAACGACGCCCAGGUCCUCAUGUGGAGGCCAAAGCGAGGACCACCUCUGGUGGUCAUCCCUCCUAAGUAGCAGUGCCCCGGCUGGACCGUGCGGG